AUGGCGCACGAGACGACUGUACCGGAGCUGACGGAAUUGGACAGCGACGGAUCGAGUUGCGGCGAACGCGACGCGAGGAAACGUCUCCGUUUCGACACGGACUCGCAAGGGCCGAAAAAGAGACGGAAACAAACGACCCCUGUUAGAUUCUCCUCGACGUUGAUGACCGGUGUACACGAGGAGUCGAACGAGGAGGACGACGAGGACGAGGACAGCGAAGGUAAGCUGUCGUCGCAGUCACCUAUACCGAGUCAAUCGUCGAUAAGGGACGAGAACCUGAAUAACGAAUUCCGUUGCCAGUAUUGUAGUCAGUUUUUCGAUAGCAAGGAAACGUUGAACGUACACCUCGAUAACGAACACGGUACCGCGAAUCAAACGUCGCAACAGUGUCACAAUAGUAGGCCAUCGAGCGCCGCGAUCAAGCAGGAACCGUCACAGCAACUGGACCAAUCCGAGAAUCCCGUGAAUCUGCUUAGCGUAAAGAAUUUCGCGAUCAACUGGUUAGCCACCGGGCAACACGUGCAAUCGCACGCGCAGAUGCAGACGCAGAACGAGGAAUCCUGGCCCGGGCCAGCGUCUAGCCAAAUUCCCACCUUACCCAAUCACCUACAGGUCCUCUCCGGUUUUCCUGGCGCUUUGGCGCAAUAUUUACCCAUGCCAACGUUCCCUCUGACAGAUUCCAGUCCUAUCCCUAGACCGUCUUUAGGACCGACACCGAUGAGAAUCUUCAAUCCUGACGCGUACUGCGACCUGUGCAAUAAAGAGUUCUGCAACAAGUAUUUCCUCAAGACGCACAAAGCGAACAAGCACGGUAUCUACGCGGAUUCACCUGGGCCCAGCUCCAUGGACAACAACAUCCCCGGACCGUUGUACCCAGGGAACUUUCCUGGGAACAUGAUCAAAUUGGAACCACCGGCGACGCCGCCGACGCCGAGCGUCGCCUGCGAUCUCUGUCAGAAGCGUUUCAAGAACGACGAAUCGAUGCGCAAACACAAGCAAAAGAUGCACACGGAGUUGCCGGAUCAGUCGCAGGAGCAAUCACAGAUAGGGCUGUCGCAGAACGAGGAGGACAGGGACACGUCUAGAGACAGUCUCGGAGGAAUGGAGACGCUGUUCAAGCAAGAGUACGGCGUGGAACAGGAGGACGCGUCGUUUGUACCGGCACCGAGACACCUAUCGCCCCAAUCGAUUCAGCAAGCACGAGACUCCGGGUUUAACGUCGAUCGGCUUCGCCGUUUAGGUGUCAUAAAUCCGGACGCGUUCUGCGAGAUAUGCUGUAAAGAGUACUGUAACAAGUACUUCCUGCGAACGCAUAAAAUGAAGAGGCACGGUAUCGUGAUUCAGGACAACGAGAGGUCACCGGGUAAUCCGGGAUCGGUGGCGCCCACUUGGCAUCAAGUGCAGACGAGCCCUUUGAAUUUGAUCGUGACCGAGAACGCCGGUAGCGGGACCGAGUCGAACGAACGUGCCGGAGAGGAUUACGAGUGCAAACCGUGCGGAAUACGAUUUCAAACGAUUGGCCUGUAUCAGGCGCACUGCCGGAAGAUGCACGAAAGCGAGGAACAACAGUCGCCUAAGCAAGAGUGCGAGUUCGAGACGCCCGACCAACCAAACGACUCGAUCUCCGAGGAUCUACAGAAGUUGCAGACGAUGCUGUUACAGUUGAACGGUUUGAAGUCUGGCAAAGGAUUGUCGUGCAACGUGUGCGGAAAAGAGUACGAGAACGGCGCGUCUUUGCAUAUUCAUAUGGCGACGGAGCACACAGCGAUCGGCGAAGAUUCGACGUCCUCGCCGCAUGACAAAUCACCGUUAACUGUUACGACCGCGUUUUGCAGCAUGUGCGGCAAGGAUUACGCGAGUCAGGACGCUCUGAGGAGACACGUCGCCGAGGAACAUCAGCCGACUAUCUCGAGUACCGUUCCUCACACUCCUACCACUGCUGCGACCACCACCAACACGAAUUCAACCAGCCAAACACCGACAGAGAGAAAGGUGACGUCGAUGACGCCUACGUCGAGCUACUGUGAGAUAUGCAACAAGGAAUUGUGCAACAAGUAUUUCAUGAAGACGCACAUGCAGAGGAUGCACGGGAUCGAGAUCGAGAACGGCGCGCAGAUCGGGGGCGUGAUAUGCAACAUCUGCAACAAAGAGUUGUGCAGCAAAUACUUUCUGCGCGUGCACAAGCACAACACGCACGGUAUCGUCGACGAGAAUACUUCGAGUUCGGUGAAGCAGGAGGCACACGAGGCGACGAACACCGACGACGCGGCAUUGAAGCCGGAACAACUCGGCGAUCUCAGUCACAGAUAUUUCACACACUUCACGGAGGUGUGUCCGAUUUGCAGCAGAAGGUUCCGCAGUAUAAAGUGGCUGAAAGCGCAUCUGAUGGGCGACCACGGGAAAAUUGGUAUCGACAAAUGGCGCGAAAUGGAGCAACAGUAUCAGACAACGGCGAAAUCGGGGAACAGAGCGGGGAAUAUGAUGCCGAAGAGUGUUCAACCUGGCUCGAAUUUGAAGAUACCGAACGGAUUCGAAAUUUCGCAACAAUUGAAAUCCGAUUAUCCGGUUUUGGGAAACCAAGUGUUGUCCAAUUUACUAGGGUCGUCGUCGGAAGAUCAACAAAUGAAAAGCUACCGUUGCUCCUACUGCAAUUUCACAACCACGGUGCUGCCGUUCCUCUUUCUUCACGAGAGAUCUCACGUGAACUCCCGCGAGAGCGCAGAGGGGGAGAAAUCGUUUCAAUGUCCAAUCUGUUCGCAAGGCUUUCAUCAACCGGAGAUCCUGCAUCAACAUCUACUCGCGUCCCAUCAGUUUCCCACGUUGCUGUCUCAGUUUCAACCCCCGGUGCUUAAUAAUUUAGGUGUGGACGCGGAGAAAUUGAACGAGGUCAAAGAGAAGCUGGAUCUCGAGGUGAAGGAGGAUCGCAUGGGGGACAGCCCUCAAGUCACUGCCAAUCAAACGAUCCCCGAGCCGAUGAGAAAUCAACGACAAGACGACACAGCGGUCCAAGUUACUCCUCAGGGUGUGUACAAGUGCGCACAGUGCGGUUACGCGACAACCAAUUUGAAUAGGAUUAAGAAACACGUGAGGAAGGAUCACAAAACGAUCGGCGAUCCAACGGACAGCGUGAUCGCUGAACUGAGCAGAACGUUGAAAGACGUUGCCAACAGACACAAAGUGCCAGCUUGUUACGCGAUGCCGCAAGACAUGAAUUCCAAUCCUGACAAGACUAUAAUGCAGCCGUUUUUGAUAGAGGAACAGGAUACGAUGCAGGUAGGCGAGGAAUCCAGUUCAGAGAAACGAUUCGCACCGGCGUUAGUUUAUCUACCGGUGAAAUCGCGAAUCAACAACGCGCUCACCGCGUCCUUCACCCUUAGCCCCGCUUGA